AUGAUUGAGUUGACCCCAGGUCUGUCACAGACAACCAUGAUGGCAUCGGGCGGCUUUUAUCGGAUCUGUUGGUGUGGCCACUGGGAUGGCUCCAGCUCAAGCAACAUCUCAUAUUGUGAAGACGGAACAGAUUUCAGGGUAGAUGUUGGCACUCUGAUGCUGGUGGGCCCCACGCCGUUGAAUCAAGCAUGGACCUGCAUCAGUGGCACGACAUGCCUGCUGAAUGAUAUCAGUGGCAAUCAUGUGUCCAUCUACGACCACUACCUGGUCCUGCACACUUGUGGAGUCCAGGAUGUUGCGAGCCGAUUUCCUGAGGAGGGCAGCCUCUUCCAGGUUUCAGGACAAUGUGGUUGCACGUCGCCCCUCUGUAGCUCUUACCCACCGGACACAAACCAAUCUCUUUGCGCAGCCUGUGGCGACUUCUGCCCCAUGGAUGAGAAAACAGAUCCAGGCAUAUGUGGUUGUGGCACGCCAGAGGUGGACUCAGAUGGCGAUGGCACACCCGACUGUGUAGACCAGUGUCCCCUGAACCCAGGCAAAACGGCACCCGACAUUUGUGGUUGUGGGAGCCUUGAUUCGGAUAGCGAUCUUGAUGGCAUCCCGGAUUGCAAUGACCAAUGUUCCGGACCAGAUGUCACAGGUGGCUCCUGCUGCGUUGUAGUUGACUCUGAUGCGGAUGGGCUGCUUGACUGCCUGGACCAGUGUCCGCACGAUGCUAGCAAAGUGCUUGCUGGAGUUUGUGGAUGCAAUGUUUCGGACAUUGACAGCGACAUGGACGGCGUGCCGGAUUGCUUGGAUUUAUGCCCGCAUGAUGCUUCCAAAACUUUCCCCGGAAGCUGUGGAUGCGGAAUUUCCGAAGCUGAUGCGGAUGGUGACUUCGUGCCGGACUGCAUCGAUGUUUGCCCGAAUAGUGGCGACUUCACCUUUCAGGGUGUCCAGGCAAGUUUCGGACAUGUGUCAGUGACUGCAGCCGCGGGUACUUACCGCCUUUGUUGGUGUCAUUCGGGAGCAAGCUGUGGAUCUCGAGCGGAUUUCAUUGUAGAUGUUGGAUCCUUGCAGCUAUUGGGAAUCCAAGACAUACGCAGCAGCCGAACAUGCGUGAGUGGGCAACCCUGCUUUAUUCGCCGCUUGAUGGACAGCAGUGAAGCUGGAAUAAGUCUUCACCCUAUGAUUGCAAAUUUCUCUGCAAUCUCAAUGUUGGUAUUGGACACGUGUGGCGUGCUGCCUGUCGCUGGCAACCAAUCCCUUGAAGACGGCUCUGAUUUCAUAUCGCCGCAAGUUGCACUAAACGCGCAGCGAACAUCAGCGUGGCUGGCUGGACAGUUAACCUCAGCUGGUGGGCUCUACAGGCUUUGCUGGUGCUCAAAUGUCGGCAGAUGCAGCCUUGUGCCAGACUUUUACAUUGAUGUUGGUGAACUCAUGCUACUUGGACCUUUCCCGCUCUCCCAGCAAGUCACAUGCAUAGCUGGCUUGACCUGUCGAAUUGACGGCAUACAGGGGCUGGGCAUCCAGCAGGCGGAUCUGGUUCGAGUUCUCGACACCUGUGGUCAUGCCAGCGGACAAGCCUUGACAGUUCCAACUUUCAAUGCAAGUCUGGGGAUGGCUGUGGAUGCUGUAAGUACGGUUGCCACGCAGACCUUCGCAGGCGGAGCCUACCGUCUUUGUUGGUGCGCAGCCGGUUUUCAAUGCAGCCUACACCAUGAUUAUCGGGUUGACUUCGGUGUGUUUUCUCACGUUGGUCCGUCCCCCUUAGCAUCACAGGAUCGGACAUGUGUGACGGGACAGGCUUGCAUCAUUGAGCGCAUUGAAGGUCACCUGCUAUCGACCGAUGAUGCGUAUUGGAUCCUGGAAACUUGUGGCACUCAAGCCCCCUCCAGAUUGGCCGGGCAAGGACGAGCAAUCCCGCAGAACGGUUCCAUGUCAAUAAGCUGGGGAGAUGCUACACACACUGCGGUUGGUGGCCAAUAUCGCCUUUGCUGGUGUUCAGCAUUUGCCAAAUGUGACGUGGCUCAGAAUUUUGUGGUUGACGCGGGGGGUCUGUUGUUGAUCGGCCCGCUUCCACAAGACAGGACCUGCAUCAGUGGCCAGACUUGCUUCAUGAAAGCUUUACCAGGAUACCAUUUGCAGGCAGACGACCGUCUGCUGGUGCUGGAUACCUGUGGAAGGCCUUCUCCAGUCGUGGGCUUUCCCCUGCCGCAAUCCAAAGUCUUGUCUUCAAAUUCAUCAAGGGUUGCAGGCUUCGUAGCAGGCAGUAUGCUGGAGUUUGUCACAUCCACUGGAGGGAGCUACCAGCUUUGCUGGUGUGCUGCAUCUUCUUUCGCCUGCAGUUGGGCAGAAUCUUUUCAGGUCAAUGUGGGCUCCCUCGCAUUGAUUGGGCCCAGCACAGAUGCGAAUCGUGCUGUAAGCAGGCUGCGAAUUUGCAUUGCCGGAAGCAUUUGUGCUGUUCAAAGCCUGCCUGGGCAAGACUUGCAGGAGAACGAUCAGCUCAUGCUGUUGGAGACAUGCGGCUUGCAAGGUCCCAGCCAGGGCCAACUGGCUAUGCCCAGUUUGCAGGCCAAUGGCACCGGCCUAGCGUUACUGUCCAACAAUGUUACCGUUUGGUCCGCUGCAGGUGGAACGUAUCGACUCUGCUGGUGUGCUUCUGGUUAUAGCUGCAAAAGCGCGUCAGAUUUCAGGGUGGAUGUUGGCCAGCUUGAUGUUGUCGGGCCCUCAAGCGUGACCUCCCCUUUCCGCUGGAAACCGGGAUCUUGCCAGAGUGCAAACGCUUCUGUACUUGCCUUCUCCUAUGUUGAAAGCAUGGAGGCAUGUUGGCUACGUUGUAGCUCUAGCAGCUCAAACGCAAGUGGAUUCUCAUGUGGCGCUGCAGAGUAUACUCCCGAGUCUGGAUUCUGCAGGCUGUGGGCUUGCUGCAGUAUUGUUUCAAGCCAGGCCUCCCAGACCUUAGUUCUUUCAGCGCAGGAGAAGUGGAAGGCUGGUCAGGACAGGACCUGUGUGACUGGACACCCAUGCACGGUGGACGACGUUCUGGGGCACCUCCUUACAGAGGGUGAUGCCUAUGCCGUGUUGGAGAGCUGUGGUAGCACCCUUGCGUGGAGCUACACAGCGCAGAGUGUUUCUGGGCGUGGUGGCUACGCGAAUCCAUGUCACUGUGCAGAGUCUAUGAAUGACACAGAUGGCGAUGGCGUCAUGGACUGCACUGAUGAGUGCCCACUGGAUCCAGAUAAGAUAGAGGUUGGAACAUGUGGUUGCGGACAAGCGGACACGGACAGCGAUGCGGAUGGCGUCCCAGACUGCCAGGACAGAUGUGAUCUCCAAGCCGAGAAGACAUCAACAGGUAUUUGUGGCUGCUCAGUACUGGAUACUGACACCGAUGCAGACGGGGUUCCUGACUGCAACGAUCGAUGUCCCAGCUUGCCUGACAACUCUGCAGGGACGGCUGGCUGUCCUGCUGCAGCUGCAGACUUGGAUGGUGAUGGUGUGCCAGAUUUCUUGGAUGAGUGCCCUGGAGAUUUUAGCAAGGCUUCAGCUGGCACAUGUGGGUGCGGAGAGAGUGAUGUAGAUGCUGACAACGACGGCCUGCCAGACUGCAUGGAUCUAUGUCCCAAUGAUGCCUUCAAAGUUGUUCCAGGAGCGUGCGGUUGUGGGAUUCCAGACCUUGACCGCGAUGGGGACGGCACGCCUGACUGCUAUGACAAGUGUCCAUCAUUUGAUGCAGUUUUUGGUGCCGUUUCUGUAGAGUUUGGCAUGCUGCCAGCUGGGCAGUAUCGUCUCUGCUGGUGCUCGCGUUCGAUCAAGUCUUGUGCGGCAUCCCAGGAAUUCAACGUGGAUCUUGGGGGGCUCAGCAUAUUUGGGCCACAGAUUCAAGAUCGAACCUGCAUCAGUGGCCAUCCUUGCCGAUUUGGCGACUUGGCAGGUUACAGCCUAGAUGAUGCAGACCGUUUGCUUGUUCUGGAUACCUGCGGCUCCUCUACAGCUCUCAUUCCUCGCUGGUCACAAUCCGUGGCGCUGCCGCUUCUUUCCAGUGGCUCCGCUGCUGCAUGGUCCUCCUUACCAACAGCUGCAGGUGGGUUGUAUCGCUUGUGUUGGUGCACUGUCCGUCCAUGGCAGGCAGAGCCAGUGGCCCUCUGCGAUCAGGCAGAUCGCUUUACAGUUGACAUCGGUGGAUUGACCCUCCUCGGCCCAUCUCCCCUUCAUCAGGCGUAUACUUGCGUUUCAGGGCAGCCAUGCGGUCUUCAUGGACUCACGGGUCUUCAUCUAACACCCGGCGAUACCAUUAUGAUACUCGACACCUGUGGCAACACCAAUUUCGCUUCCUCCCUCCUUGCCGCAGCUGGAUGGGAUGGGCUAUUCUUCCGAUUUGAAGAUGCUGCAGAGGCAAGUAACCAGUUGCAGGGCUUCACGACGCGGCUGCCCUUUUUGCACGUGGCAGGGGGCCAAUACCGAUUGUGUUGGUGCUCAGCAGGUACGGGCUCUGCUUGUUCAUCUGUAACAGAGCACCUGGUGGAUUUUGGGAAUUUACAGGUACUUGGACCUUUCCCGCUCCAGCAGGAACGGACCUGUGUGAGUGGCCAGACCUGCAUCUUCUCUUUGCAAGUUUGGGACGCUUCAGCACAAGACAGCCUGCUGUUGCUGGACACCUGCGGCUUGGACAGUUCCAUCCCCAAGGUACAGUCUACGCGGGGACAUUGUGGAAGAGCUUCCAUUGUAGGUACAGUGCCGCUUCAGGAUUUCAGCGUUCUCCUGGACACGAAUGCAUCAAGCGCAUCAGCAUGCCGUCUGCUGUGCGAUGCACAUGUUGACCAUUCUAGUAAUGCAUCCUGUGUUGCUGCCAUGUACAAGGAUUCACAAAGCAACAUGAGCACACCCGCAGACUCCCGUGCGGUUGGCUUCUGCCAGCUUUACUCAAUUUGUUCGCUAGUGUCUGACGAAUCCUCAGAUUAUGUGGUGCUCACGCUUCCGCAAACAAACAGAGAACAGAAUUCACUUCUGCCUUCAAUGCUCCAGCUCGGAAACGUGUCACUCCCUGGCGGAUCCCAGAUAGCCAUUGCGAGCUGGGACGAACUUGUUUUCUCCAGUGCAGGGGGAAAUUUCCGCUUGUGUUGGUGUGCAGGUGGUCAGAUGUGCCAGACCCCGGCAGAUUUUGCACUGGAUGCUGGCUCCUUCACGCUGAUUGGACCCUUUGAGCUUGACAGCACUCGCACCUGCAUGAGUGGAGUUAGCUGUGUCGUGGACGGCGUCGUGGGUGUAGGCUUAUCGGACGGAGAUCGUCUUCUUGUGCAGGACACUUGCGGUGCUUCAGUCUCAGGCGGGCAGUUGCACUUCUUGGCAGCCAACAGCACGGAAAUCAGCCGCAGGGCAGUUUCCUUCAACAAUGGUAGCGUCCAAGUCCUAAGCCUGCCCGGUGGCCAGUACAGAUUGUGUUGGUGUGCAGUUGGCUUUCCUUGCGUUGCAGGUCAGGUAGACAUCGGUGAACUUUUGGUGAGGGGUCCUAAGCCGAGCCAGCAUCGCACUUGCAUCGCAGGUCAGGUGUGUGAGAUUCCAGCUCUGAUGGGUCAGGCCCUGGAUAUCCGUGACGGCCUGUUUGUGCUGGACACCUGUUCAAGGCCUGGCAAUCUGUUGCCCACCAUACAGAACUUCCCUGAUGCUGGCAAGCUGCUGGUAACCGGAACCAUGCGUGAUGCUUCCUGGGCAUCUUCUUUUGUAGUGUCAGCAGCUGGGGGUGACUAUCGCCUGUGCUGGUGCGCCACCUCGGAUUGUGUUUCGGAGGGGGUGCAGGCUCAUUUUAUUGAUGCGGGCACUUUGCACUUGCUUGGACCCAGUGUGCUCAGGGUGGAGAAAACCUGCGUUUCUGGUCGGGCCUGCACCAUACGGUACUCGGGCAAUGACCUGUUCCAGGCACUGCAGAAUUUUAGUUUGGGAGAUACUCUCCGGGUUUUAGACACAUGCGGUGAGGCAUCACAUAUCCCUGGAUUCGGUGAUGGAACAGCAGUUGAUGUGACCGCCUCCGGUGCCCUCUUCUCCUGGGGAAGCGACGUUGUCUCAGCUGCUGCGGGGAGCUUCCGCCUGUGUUGGUGCGCAGCAGGCUUUGCUUGUGCAGGAGGCGAGAGCUUUCAAGUUGACGUUGGCAGGCUUCUGGUCCUCGGGCCUCCUUCGCUCACGAUGGAGCGGACUUGCGUCAGCGGCCUCACGUGCUCCUUCUCCUUGGAACCAGACUUUGACGAAACCAGCGGCCAGAUCAUGCUGUUGAGCACAUGCAGCCCAGAUCCCGAACAGGGUAGCCCGCCUCUGCGACCAGCUGUCGCUGGAUUGCCUGGGGAUGAGAUCAAUGCAACUAACGAGUCAAGCCGAUAUGAGGUGAUACAUUGGGGCAGGGAUCUGUUCACGGGUCAAGGUGGCCAGUUCCGCCUCUGUUGGUGUGGUGCAUCUAGCUGUGGCGUGGUUGACAGUUUCCUUGUGGACUUUGGCUCUUUCACGUUGAUUGGCCCUACCCCUUUGACACAAGACUGGACUUGUGUCAGCGGGUAUACUUGCAUGAUCGAGGGCUUGCAAGGUCAACAUGUAUCUGCCUCCGACCACAUCAUGAUUCUGGAGACCUGCGCCGUUGAGAAAGGCCUUGGCCGUUGGCUUAACGUGUCUGAACUUGACAGCGAGCCUGCAAAAUGGGUCUUGGAGAAGAUUUCUUUUGCUGGUGGGCAAUAUCGAAUCUGUUGGUGUUCUCCUGCAGGCCCAUGCUCCAAAGCGUCGGAUUUCAGUGUCGAUACUGGCAGCUUGCUCGUCAUUGGCCCAUCACCACUAGACCAGAGGAGGACAUGCAUCAGCGGAGAUCGCUGCCCUGGGUUCUACAUUCAUGGCCAAGAUCUGUCGCAGAAUGACACUGUGCAAAUUCUCGAUACAUGCGGCAUCGACACAACGUCAGAAGGGUGGCCUCAUGCAAACACAGUUUCUCUCGCAGAACCUUCUACAAUCCUGCUUGAGUUUGGGGAGCCAUUUGUAGCUGCAGGUGGAGCUUACCGUCUCUGCUGGUGCCAGCCGUUGCAAGAAGAAUUUUCCAGCAGCUGCCAAGUUGACGUAGGCCACAUGGUGAUCAUUGGCGUAUCCCCUCUUGCACAAGACAGGACGUGCUUGUCCGGGCAAACAUGCCUGCUGGAUGGUAUUCAAGGUCACCACCUUUCGGUGCAUGAUUUGUGGUUGCCUAUGGACACCUGUGGGGAUCCAAAUCAGAUCAUUUCCCCAGCUGGGCGUCUAGCAACAACCGUGUCCCUUUCAGGCAGUUCUGUUUCCUGGGGCAGUAAUGCUCUAACUCUGGCAGCGGGACAAUACAGGCUAUGCUGGUGCUCAGGUGAGGCGGUCUGCAGUACAUCGUCGCAAUUCCUGACGGACGUUGGACACUUCCAAAUGCUUGGACCAUUCCCGCUGCAGUCUCACACUUGCAUCUCGGGACAGACCUGUGUGGUCAAGGGAAUACUGGGCCUCGGAUGGGACAUGUCAGAUGAGUUCAUGGUCAUGGAUACCUGUGGACAAAAACAGGUCACUCCUGGACUCAGUUCGGCUGGAGCAGUGGCUGAUACACGUGGGAGCUUUGUCGAGGUGAACUGGGGUCAACAUCGUGUUCUUGCACUUGGCGGUAGCUAUCGUCUUUGCUGGUGCCCAGGAACUUUGGCUUCUGUGAAUGGCACCAACCGCUCGAUUCAUUGCGUUACUUCUGACUUUGCAGCAGAUGGUGGUGAGCUCUUCGUCCUUGGGCCAACCCGAAAGCAGGAGUGGACGUGCAUCUCUGGUCAGGAAUGCUCACUGGUUGGGCUUGAUGCCGGUGCUGCAAUAGGGGAUUUUGGGCAGCUGGUGGUCUUAGAGACCUGUGGCGUUGGAGGCGUGCUGCAUCGCUGGCCUGAUGCUGGUCGCCUAGCUGAGGUUGCAACGAGCUCGGUGACAUCAAAUUUGGUGGUGUCAGCAGGGGGAGGUCGCUAUCGCCUCUGCUGGUGUGCUGCCAUAUCUUAUUCUAGGGCACAGUGCAUGUCAGGAAGUGUAGACAACCAAUCCUCCUGCGAAUUUUAUACAGGCAAUUGGAGCGACAACUCGAGCUUGUUUUGCCAAACGGCAGAAGACUUCGCUGUGGACAUGGGCACCCUGGAUUUGUUGGGUCCAAGUCCACUUUUCCAGCAUAUGACUUGCUUCAGCGGCCAAGCCUGUGAGUUCCACGAUCUGGAAGGCUACAAUCUCGAACAGGGCAGAGUUAUGGUCCUUGAUACCUGUGGUACUACCUCGCUGCCUGCCAGAUUGAAGCAAACCUUGACUACAGGUGCUGCUUGGGCAUCUUCAGACAUCACCUCACCAGGAGGAGUCUACAGGCUUUGCUGGUGCAUGGAGACAAACUCCAGCUGGCAGAGCUGUGCGCUUGCAGAAGAUUUCCUGGUUGAUGCUGGUACCCUGACGAUCGCCGGCCUGAGCCCUCUGACCCAGGACAGGACUUGUGUCAGCGGCCGCAGAUGCACCGUGGACAAUCUGCAGGGGGUCGGCUUAUAUGACGCUUCCUUCAACCUUCUUAUUAUGAACACCUGCGGAGUAGACAAUGCAGUACUGUCAUGGGCGCAGCCAGGAGAGCUGUUGAGACUUCGGCGUGGUUUCGCCUCAUGGUUCGACCUAGCCAUCACAGCCGUUGGCGGCAACUAUCGCAUGUGCUGGUGCUCGCGCAGCAACAACACUUUGGAGAGUCAAUGCUCUCAUUCCGGCCACUUUGAAGUGGAUACCGGCAGCCUAUUCCUUGUUGGGCCACGGCCACUUGAGCAAGAUAGAACUUGCAUCACUGGCCAGACUUGCGUCUUGGAAUCGCUCAUCGGUAUUGGGUGGUCAGAUGCGGACUUUGUUGCUAUUCACUCCACUUGUGGCAGCUUACGAGCAGAGGGCGUGCCAGAAAGGUUCAUGCAAGAAAGGCCUCGUCUGGCCGACAUGACCGGUGGCCACUGGCUGGCAAGCUGGGACGCAGCUCGCAGUUCUGCAGCAGGAGGUCAGUACAGGCUUUGCUGGCAAGCUGGACUGCAGUCGAACGGGACGGACAGCAUUGCAGAGUCUUGGAUAGACAUGGGGAGCUUUACGCUAAUAGGUCCAUCUACAGGUGCCGCCCGCACCUGUCUCAGCGGACAAUCCUGCCAAGUAGACGGCUUGCUGGGUCAGCACUUGAGCGCGAACGACUCGUUCGUGGUGAUGGACACAUGCAGCUUGGAUGAUAGCAUGCUUGACGAUUCUUUUGUUUUGUGA